UCGCGUUGGAUCUAGGCCACCAAAGGGCGUCGCGUCGAAUGGAAGCGGAGACAUCUUCUUUCUUUGCCUCUCUCCUCGAUAAAACCCUCUCCAAAGCCCAGUGAGCUCUCCAAAGCCCUCUCCCGCGAGCCGCAUCUCCAAAUCGAAGCUAGCGAUGGCGCUUCCGAGCCAGCAAACUGUUGAUUACCCUAGUUUCAAGCUUGUGAUCGUUGGCGAUGGCGGUACAGGAAAGACGACAUUUGUGAAAAGGCAUCUUACUGGGGAAUUUGAGAAGAAAUACGAGCCAACAAUUGGUGUUGAAGUUCAUCCGUUGGAUUUCCACACGAACUGUGGGAAGAUCCGGUUCUACUGCUGGGAUACCGCUGGGCAGGAGAAAUUUGGUGGUCUUCGGGAUGGAUAUUAUAUUCAUGGACAAUGUGCGAUCAUUAUGUUUGAUGUCACUGCACGGCUUACAUACAAAAAUGUUCCUACAUGGCACAGGGACCUCUGCCGGGUCUGUGAGAAUAUUCCUAUUGUUCUUUGUGGCAACAAGGUUGAUGUCAAGAACAGGCAGGUGAAGGCAAAGAUGGUCACUUUCCACAGGAAGAAGAAUCUCCAAUACUAUGAAAUUUCUGCUAAAAGUAAUUACAAUUUUGAGAAGCCAUUCCUUUAUUUGGCCAGAAAGCUUGCAGGGGAUCCAAACCUUCACUUUGUUGAAUCACCAGCUCUUGCUCCUCCUGAAGUUCAAAUUGACCUUGCUGCACAGCAGCAGUAUGAGGCUGAGAUAGCUGCAGCAGCCGCACAACCACUUCCAGAUGAUGAUGAUGAUGCAUUCGAGUAGAACUGGGAUAGCUCAAGUUGCUGCCCAACUGCUUGCUUGUUUCUCAUUUGAGUUCUCUAUUCUCUGUUAUGCUAGGGGGUUUGGCUGGACAGAUGGCUUGUUAUGGGCUGCCUUUUGUUCAAAUACUAUAGACUUCAAGGUCUCUUUUUGUCUUUUUCUUUCUUUUUUUCCCUUUUCUCUUUUUUUAGCCCUUUUUAAAUUUGCAAAAUGUUAUGCAUGAUGAUCCUUUUGAAUCUAGGAUCUGUUUUUGAAAAUGUUGCUGAGGGAUUAUAUCA